AUGUCGCGGCUCGGGAAAGGGACCUGUGGCAUCGUGUGGAGGGUAGUGGCUGGUGAGGUGGUGGCUAUCAAGAAAAUUUUCCAUGCCUUCAGAGAGACAGAUGCUCAGAGAAUGUUCUAGAAGGUCACGCUUCUCCAGGCAUUCGGGGGUCAUCUCAACAUCGUACCCCUGCUUGCGGUGACAGCUGAGAAUGACAAGGACAUUUAUCUGGUGUUUGAGUCCAUGGACACCGACCUGAACGCCGUCAUCCAGAAGGGCAGCCUGCUGUGCGAUGUCCACAGAGCUACUCUUCCACAGCCCCUGCAGGCCGCCACAUGCAUCUCCUCCGGGACGCUCAUCCACAGAGACCAGAAGCCAUCCAACGUCCUUGUGGACGCCAGCUGCACCGUGAAGCUCUGCGACUUCGGCCUUGCCCACUCCCUGGGCGACCUCCCCGCGGGGCCCGAGGGCCAGGCGCUGACCCAGCAUGUGGCCACAUAGUGGUUCCGAGCCCUGGAGGUGCUGCUCAGCUCAAGAUGGUACACCCCUGGGGUGGACAUGUGGAGCCUGGGCUGCUUGGGAGAGAUGCUGGGAGGCUGGCCGCUGUUCCCCUGCUCAUCUGCCCUCCGCCAGCUGGAGCUGGUCCUGGAGACCAUCCCCCUGCUGGUGGAUGGCCAGGGCACACACUGGGCCCUUCUGCCGUGGGAACCCCCCCACGCUCUGGGACUCCUGGGCCGGCUCCUGGUGUUCGCCCCCGACCAGCGCCUGACCGCGGCAGAGGCGGGCGGGGGGGGCCGCGCGUGCCUGAGUGCAGGCAGGCUGUGCCCGGCGCGGGGUCCCCGGCAGCCCAGUGCACCCCCUGCACCCUGGUCCCGCAGGUUCCACCGCCCGGAUGCAGAGUGGACGUGCGGCUCCCGGUGCCCGGAGAGCGGCCUCCUCUACCGGGCGCUAGGCCUCGACCCCGCCGUCCGCCGUCCCGGGCGCCCCCCACGCCCGCGGGAGAGCUGGAGCGCGGGGUAG